UACAAUGCCUACAGGUUCUUUUUUACAUAUCUUCUGCCACACAGUGCUCCAGCCUCACUGAGACCGUUAUUGGAUAAGAUAGUCAAUGCAACAGGAGAACUUCACUGGGGAAUAGAUGAAACAGCAGCUCAGCUGGAAAGAGUUUUGAAUUUGUAUAAGAGUGGAGAGUACUUACAGAACACUACCCGAAUACCAAAAACUGAGUACAGGCGGGUGCCUGAAGCUUUUAUUCCCGAUGAGAACUACAGAUGCUGGCCAUCGUACCAUCACAAGGGCUGCCUCCUCUCCGUGUUUGACGUCAACGAAGCCAUCGAGAUCUGCGACAGCUACUCGCAGUGCAAAGCUUUCGUCUUGACUAACCAGACGACUUGGACAGGUCGGCAGCUCGUCUUCUUCAAGAUGGCCUCAAAUCCUAUCGUGCCUGAUCCUGACAAGAUAACAUAUGUGAAAGUGACAGGCUGACAGCUAAAGUGGCUCGGUGUGACUUGUGAGUGACAAGAGCUGUUUGUGUAUAAAUAUAGGCAGCUGUUAUGUUUAAGACGGCUGUGGCCGGAGAGAUAAUUGCACUAUUACUCAUUCUAAUCUAUAGAGUGCUAAACAAAACUUUAAAGAAAUGACCUGCAUGACCAGGAUGAAUGUGCAAUAAAACAACAUUUUGAAAAUGUGAUUUUUAAAACAAAGCAAAAUACAAAAUAUGAUACACUGUUAGGGUAUAAUUUUGGUUAUAAAUCAGCUGGCAGCUCUAGCUUUUCUAGCCAAGGUUAGCAUAAUUUUUCUAACCUGUGCCUAUUUGCACAGAGAUGAAGGUUGAUCGUUUCUGAGAAGUCUGCAUCCUCUGCGUUGAUAUUUAUUUGGGCAAGUACAAUCACAACAAACUGAGGCAUAUCAGUUUGUAAACUGCAUAUCAAACAUUACUGAAGACAAUCAGCACUUGUGCUAAAGUUCUCAAAUAUGCAAGACCAGUGUAUUGUCAA